AUUAAUGUUUAUAAAAUAUUUAAUUAUGAGAGGAAAAUUAAGUGGGCAAAAAACAAAGAGUACGGAAAUAAGGAAGACAGAGUUGAAAGAUCUUCUGUCUAAGGGUGGUAGGGAAAGCUAAACCGUUUUCAUCACUCUCCAGCGUUCUCUGGGAGUUAUCAAGUUCAUUUUAAAAUCGAUGAGCAGCUCUUGUACACGGUUCAUUCCUAAUGACGAACGGUUCGUUCGCGAUUGUGUUGACUUCUGUCAUUUAAAUAUUGUUAGAAUUUGUUCUAAAUUGAUUAUUUUGAUUUCAGUUUAUUAAGUUUACAAAUAUUUAUUUUUUUAAAGAAAGUGAAAUAAAAUGUCUAGACCUGGGACUAGAUUGGACUCCAAAAAAGUGAACUCUGAGUUAUUUACUUUAACGUAUGGGGCUUUAGUGUCUCAACUAAUGAAAGAUUAUGAAAACGUAGAUGAUGUAAAUAAGCAAUUGGAGAGAAUGGGUUAUAAUAUUGGAAUUCGCCUAAUUGAAGAUUUUCUGGCCAAGACAGGUUCUGGUAGAUGUUAUGACUUUCGGGACACCGCUGAAAAAAUACAGGCUGGAUUUCGACUAUAUCUUGGAAUAACUCCUACUUUGGCAAACUGGAGUGCUUCAGGUGAUGAAUUCUCUCUUCAAUUUGAGGCAAAUCCACUGACUGAAUUCGUUGAAUUACCCGAUCACUGUUUAAAUCUUAAAUAUUGUAAUAUACUUACUGGUGUUCUUCGAGGUGCCCUGGAAAUGGUACAAAUGGAUGUAUCUUCCACAUUUGUUCAAGAUCAUUUAAAAGGUGAUAGCUGUACAGAACUUAGGGUAAAAUUUAUCAAACGGCUUGAGGAUGCAAUCCCUGCUGGAGAAGAUUAGCUUCAAGUUAUCAACGAUUCUUUGUUCUUAUUAAUUACAAAUAUGUAAAUAUGCUAAGUGAUAAUAUUAAUUUAUUAUAUUGUAAUGUUGCAUUCCAAUCAAGGGAAAAUAUCAGUUUAUUAAAAAAUAAAUGUAAAUAUUUAAGAACAACAACAUAAAUGUUACCUUUGUUUAAAAACAACUAAAAUAAGGUGAAAAUAAAAGAAUAAUGAAAUAUUGUAAACUCAAUGGCUCAUUUAUGUAAUGUGUUAAUUUGUAUUAAUUUAAUACUUUAGUAGUUGACUUUGAAGUCACAGAGAUGUAAUUGAGAUAACAUACCGCACGGCAAUAAUACAAGGGACACAACUCAAA